ACCCCUACAAUCCUUCAUCCUGUGGUUUGGGGGGCCCCUGGGUCAGGUCUCCUCAAGAUGCUCAGAGGCACUGAGGGGCUCGGGGUCAGUCCUUGCCCCUAGAGCUGGGAGAAGGACAGUCCUAUCCACCGUCUCUAGAGCAGAUGCACCAUUGCCCUUUGGGGAUUGCAUCCUAUGACCUUGAUGGCACUUGCCAAAGCAGCUUCCACUCUGACAGGCUCUGGGGGGCUCUUCUGGUUGGGCCCAGAAUGUGUCCAGGAUAAUUGUGUGUGAGUGGGGGGCCCUAGGACUGGCCCAGCCCCCUCCCCUUCUGUUUCCUGCAGCCUCUCCUUGGAAGAGGACGCUGGGUGACUGCGUGUGUUUCCUGCAGCUUGUUGGAAGUCAGGAUGGGUAACACGGAGGCCGAGAGGAUGAUGACGGGCUUGCUCCAACUCUACCACGAAUACGCCCAAGACUCAGGUGCUAUGGACAAAGCUGGCUUAUCCAAGAUGAUGCAGGAGAAUUUCCCCACCUUCCUGUCGGCCUGUGAAAGAAAGAGCCCGGAUUUCUUAGAGAAGUUCUUUAAGAAGGAGGACGUGAACCAUGAUGAGAAGAUCAGUUUUCCUGAGUUUCUCUCCAGUGUUGCGACAGUGGCCAUGGAUAUGUACCUCGAGUCCCAAGGCCAGAAGCCCUGUUCCGAGGGCUAGAGACCCAGCCCUGCCCAGCCCCAUCAGCCCCGUCA